AAAUCAAAUUCGUGUACUUAAUUAUAAUAAAUUAUGCAUACGGGCUCAUUUAAUUUUAAUAAUUGAGCAGCUGGAAAUGUUUGAGGGACAGACGCGAGCAAAAAACAUGAUAAAUUGCUUGGCAUAUGAUUAAGGCCAGUUAUAGAGCUGCGGUUUAAGCCCAAAUUGGCAACGAGCAAGUGACGUGUUUAACGUGACGCUAACUGACAGCCAAAUCUGGCUUAUUAAAAACAAACUGCAACACAGUAACAACAACAACAACUAGUAAAAUGGAGCAGAGCAGCAACAACAAUGGCUACCUCAAUCCCGCCUUUGUGGGCUCACCGAAUGCCUCCACCAUAUCCAUUCCGGGCGCCUAUAAAACCCAAAGCGAGGGUGGCGCCACGCCCACGCCCAAAGAACUUUCCACUGAGAGCAAAGCGAGCGAAGCGCAGGAGCCAAACGCUAGCCCGGAUGUGGAGCAGGGCAAGCAACGGGAUGGCUGGAAUAAUGAUAUAGAGUUUCUUAUGUCCUGCAUUGCGCUCAGCGUGGGCCUGGGCAAUGUUUGGCGUUUUCCCUUCAUUGCGCUGGAAAAUGGCGGCGGUGCAUUCCUGAUACCCUACCUCAUUGUACUCUUAUUGGUAGGCAAGCCGGUUUACUAUUUGGAAAUGUUGAUGGGACAGUUUUCGAGUCGCGGCAGCGUCAAGGUCUAUGACUUUGUGCCCAUUAUGAGAGGCAUCGGCUAUGGUCAGGUGCUGGCCACGGGUAUUGUGACCACAUACUAUGCCACCUUAAUGGCGCUCACGCUGCGCUAUUUUGUGGAAUCAUUUUAUCCCACUCUACCCUGGAGCUAUUGCCGCGAGGAAUGGGGCUCAAGCUGUUUGGAUUCGGCACCGCAUCAGGAGAGCGUAGUGAACGGUAAUCAGUCAACGGUGCGCACCACCUCGGCGGAGUUUUAUUUUACCAACAUUAUUCUGCGUGAAAAGGCGAGCAUCGAUGAUGGCAUUGGCUAUCCCAGCUGGAGUCUGUCCUUGACUUUGGCCUUCGCUUGGCUCAUUAUCGCGGGCAUUAUGUUCCGUGGCGUUAAGAGCUCUGGCAAGGCUUCAUAUUUUCUCGCUCUGUUCCCCUACCUGGUCAUGCUGAUAUUGCUGGUGCGCGCCCUGACUCUGCCGGGUGCUUCGGAUGGUGUCCUUUACUUUCUGAAACCACAAUGGCACAAGCUGCUGGAGCCGCAGGUGUGGUAUGCAGCUGUUACCCAGGUCUUCUUCUCGCUGGCCAUAUGCUUUGGCAAUAUUAUCAUGUACGCCUCCUACAAUCGUUUUGGCCAGAAUAUAUACAGAGAUGCCAACAUUGUAACCACCUUGGACACAUUCACCUCGCUGCUCUCUGGCAUCAUAAUCUUCGGCAUACUGGGCAAUCUGGCGUAUGAGAAUAACACAACGGACAUAUCAAGUGUAGUCAAUGGCGGACCGGGGUUGGCUUUUAUAUCGUAUCCGGAUGCAAUUGCAAAGUUUAAAGUGCUGCCGCAGGUAUUCUCGGUGCUCUUCUUUCUCAUGCUCUUUGUGCUUGGGAUUGGCAGCAAUGUGGGCAUGGUCUCCUGCCUGACCACCGUGUUGAAGGAUCAGUUUACCCAGAUAAAACAGUGGCAUAUCGUCGUGUUUAUAUCAAUUGUUGGAUAUCUGCUGGGUCUCUUGUAUAUAACACCCGGCGGCCAGUUUGUGCUGAACCUGUUGGACUUCUUUGGCGCCACAUUUGUGGCCUUAGUUUUGGCCAUCUUUGAGCUGGUGGCCAUUGGCUGGGUCUAUGGCGUGAAGCGCGUCUGUCGCGAUGCGGAAUUUAUGCUGGGCAUAAAGACAUCCAUCUACUAUCGCAUCUGUUGGGCUGUGAUAACGCCGCUGCUGAUGUUCGCCAUACUGGUCUACAUGCUGGCGCUGUAUGAACCGCUUAAGUACAAGGACUACACCUAUCAGUCUGGCGUUUAUGUCUUUGGCUGGUGUCUGAGCGCCUUUGGCGUGGGCCAGCUGCUCUUUUGGGCGGUGCCUGCGGUGAGACGUCAGCCCGCCGAGCUGGGUCUGUGGCAGCGCAUACGCAAAGCCUUUGAGCCGCUGCCCAACUGGGGACCCGCUGACCCCAACACGCUUAAGCGCUAUCAGCUCUAUGUGGAGCAGGCGAAUGUAAGCGCCAUGUUCCAACGCAGCGGUAUCUGGCACAAAAUCUAUGACAAUAUCUUUGGCUAGCAAUAAAAAUCUGUAGCCUGUAAUGCUGGGGGAGUUACUCGUUUUAUGUGUGGCAACCCUAACUACUAUACGUUAUGCUAUGUACAGCGCAACCCUUUUAUAAUAAAAAUCCUGGCUUAAGUGCCAAAUAUAGUCGCUGCGCCAGUUGGCCUCAAGCGAACCCGUUAAAACAGUGAAAUCAGCCAGAGAUGGGCGCGUGAGAAAUGGAGAAAUGGACAACGUAGCAGAGAACCCAUAAAAUGUAACGAAUUUAUUGUAAAACUUUAGCUAAAUA